GAGCUGUACACACACCGGCCGGUGUCUACACACCGGCCGGUGUCUAGACACAUCAAGACAUACAUACAGAGAUGGAUAGCGGCCCCCCAUCCGUCUGCACAUCCAUACAUCCAUCCAUCUACCCGUCCACACGCUACCUGUCUGCCUGCCUCAGACCCCUUCGCCGUCUCAGCCACUGACUGUGUCGGCCUCCAUCCCUCGUGGCUUCCACGUGAAGCUCUUGAGCAGCGUCAUCAUGCUCUCGUCUUCGCCUCCAGCCGGCAGGGGCAACAAAGGCACACACAACUCCACGCCUGCAUACACACGACACACACGGGUGUCUGUCCAUCCCUCCACAUCGCUUUCCGGGUGCGGUGCGGUGCGUCGACGUACCCACCUGUGUCGUCGUUGACGGGGUUCUGUUGCUGCUCGAGGGUCUGAAGUCGGUGGUGCUGGGCGACAUACUCACUGAUGGGGCAAACCUUGCCUGCAUGUGCAAUGGGAGAGAUGAGCCCCUCUGCGGUCGUUGUUUCCCGACUGACCUGUCGUGGCAGGGCGGCGCUGUGUCUGCGAUAGGUACUUGGUAAUGGGCGGCUGCCCCUUCGACCGCCCUGUCUCCGCACAGUAGACAAACACUUCAUCUUAAGCGAAAGGACAGACACACAUAAAUAUCAGCCGACUAGGUGUAAUUGCCAUGUGCCCCGUCCGUGUGUACCUGUAUCUUCCACCCAUUUUGCUUCUGAGUCCGUACCGCUCGAGUCGUCCGUGGCGAGGCGGGGGAGCCGGCCGAUGCGGCUGAGAGAGUGCGUCAUCUUGAAGUAGGCGGUGAUCGAUGGCUGCCUGCACGCAAGACGCAACGCAUCGAUUCCCUCGCGCCCCUCACCUCCCCCCCCCAUGUGCCCACGAUGUUUCCUCACUCACUUGGUGCGUCUCUUGGCCAGUUUCGGUGUCUUGCUCUUGGUGAAUGUCAGGCUAGGCGUGUGAGGAUCGCUCAAAUCCACACUCGUGGUGUAGCCGUCGGGGCGAGGGAACGACCACUUUCGCCACUCCGAUGCUGCUGGUGGCGGCUCGCCCUCGCGCCACAGCCACUUCUCGCGCGACUCCUCCUCAUCCCCAUCCCCCUCGCCAAAGUCAUCCUCCUCAACCAUACAGCCGUCAAGAUACCUCUCGUUGACCAGGAGGUCCAGCAUCGUCGGCGGGCACUGAUUUGAUAAAGCACACUCGGCGUCAAACACAAAGGCGCACUGUCGAAUGCAUGCAAGGCCUUUCGACACGUACCGAGAAGCGAUACUCGUCCAUAAUGUCCCCGUCGUCGCACCACGACAGCGACGGAGCGACGGCCUUGUCGGGCCCCAACUCUGCUACCAGCCACGCGACCUCGUCCAGGUCCGGGCAGCAGUCCGCGUCGAUCGUCAGCUUCUCGAUGCGGGGGUAGCGGUUGCGACGCUCUGCCUGGGGGGGCAGGAGACCGUGGGCCGAGCUGAGCUCCGUCACAGCCGAGAGGCUUUUAUUGUUCAAUCCACAACCGGCCGCCGCCACCUCGCUUGCCACCCUGCGAUCGUCGCCGCCUCCCUGGUAGUAGGCCACACACUCGAGCAUCAUGCCGCCGAUAUCCGGACUGAGGUCGAUCUUGAGGCCCGAUGGAAGGGACUGCAGGAGCCGACACAGAUGGUUGUCGAAGGGAGGGGGGGAGCUGUCCGAGACGCCGUCCACGAAGCCGUUCAUGAUGCCAUCCAAAUCCAUGCUCUCAAACACAACCUCUGCAGACCAGAGUGCAUCCAUCUGCCUCAUACAUAAACGGUGUCUUGUUCGCUCGUCGCACCUUCGAUGUUCUCAAACACAUUGGGCUCGCAGAUGCACGACGGGAUGGACUGCAGCGCCACAUAGUCCGUCUCACGAUACACCUUCACCCUCAGCACCUUGGCGCCAGGGAAAUGCACGCAGCGCAGCGACGGGUGCUCACUCAGCAGGGACCUGCCGCUUGUCCUGGGUGUGAGGAGCAUGGCCUCGUCGCCGCCUGGGAGAUGGCGCAGAAGGGCCGGGGGUAUCUUGUUCAUCGCCUCGAACCGCUCCUUCCUCUCCAUGUGGGGAAUGGCUGAGUGGGGGCUGUUGGGAUGCUCUGUGCAGUCGAUGACGUCACAACCACCCUUGCGCACGACCGUCCAACCCCACUCCUCGGCCUCGCUCAUGAGCCGCAGCGGCACCGGCUCCGACGCGUUGGCGACCGUCAUCUUGGAGGGCAGGGAGAGGUCCAGCACGAUCGGGAUGUGUAGGACGAGGGUGCGGGAACCGCCCGUCGUCUCGCUCUCACUGUCGGCAUCGGCCAUGCCGUCCUUGUCUUUCUUGGCCUGCCGUCUGGAGUCAUCGUCGUGCCACUUCUGCUGCUCGAUGCUGCUCAGCAGGCUCAUGAUCUUGCGGCACUCGGGCCACGUCUUUUGGUAGUGGUGCAUCGUGCCGUAGGUGCUGCAGUUGGUAAGCGGCACCAGGAAGUGGCCGAGAUGGGUCAGCCGGGUCAGCCGCCGCAUUGCAGUGAGGGUUGCCGUGAGAUGGUUUGGGAUGAGGGGGAAGAUGUCGAUGUGGGUCAGCUGGGUGUGCCGGCGGCAGAACGACGCCAAGCUGUCGUCCAGACGGAUGCAUCCCUCAUUGUUGAGGUACGUCGAGCGCCGCUCCUCACUCCUCUUCUUGCGAUAUGUGUCGGGGUCGGCGAGCCGUCCCGUCAGCCGACGCAUGGCCGGGCAGUUGAGCUGCAGAAGCUCGAAUACCGCCAGACCGCCCGCACUCUCGAUGUGCAGGGACGCUAGGCGGUCCAUCACCAGCCCAUGCCAGGGCUCCCUCGGAAGCAGGGGAAGCGCAAUCGGAACAGCCGGACCGCCGCUCCCCUUUUUCUGGCGCUUGACGGGGUCCACGAUGACCACGGCCGUCAGCUGGCUCGCGUAGAGACCCAGUCGGCGCACGCAGAAGGCCAUGAAUUGCGCCUUGAUGGUCUGAAUCUCGCGCGGCACCACGAUGACGGCCGUGUGGACGAAGGUCUGGUUGAUCUUGAUGAGCUUGCCCUGGUUGGGGUGCGUGAAGCUGACAACCGUGAAGACGCCAUAAACGGCCUCGUACAU